AUGCUUACGCGUCUAACUAGGUUUGUCUUGAACUUGUAAAGUCAAUAAUUUAGUAAUCUUUAAAUCAAAUAAUUAUUACAUUUAAUGGCAUUUUCACAUUUGAUAAAUUGUCUUUUGCUAGCAUUUGGACCUUUCUUUGUUGUGUACAAAGCAAGAUCACUUGCUGAGCAAGGAGCCUACAAGACUGUAUUGAUUAGCAUUUUAGGAUGUUUGCUGACAUAAUUUUGUAAAUUGUUUCUGUUGGCCUCUUUGUCGGUGAUUACUGAAUAAUUGAUUCACAUUAAAUUGCUGUUCGAUUUGAUCGAUUGCUAUGGAAUCAUCUUAGUAGCAAAAUAAAAGACUAAUAUCGAUGAUAAAAUAAGCAGAGUAUUUGCAAUUGCAAUUGGGUGGGCAUUGAUGGAUUGUGUGAUGAAACACCUCUUCACUUUCAUUCCAAAUGCUACAACUGACGAGUUUACAUGGACAUUCAUUUUGAGAGGAUUCACAGCCAAUUUAGAGUUUUUUGAAACCUUGUUCUUGGUGGGACUACUGCAAUCAAAAAACAAAAUUAGUUAUGCUUUGAUCUUGUUAAAGGUUCUUGUGCUCCCCAAUUUCCAAGAUAUCAUCACCAGAGGAGGAUUGUCUUCAGCAUACAUGCUUGUGUCUAGAUUUGUUAUAUGA